ACUGGACCCGGGCUGAGUUUGUUUCCUUUGCUUUGCCUUGGAAAAACAAUUUUAUUGGGCCUUUGCUCUGUUAGACUGUUACCUUGACUCUCUCUCUCUCUCUCUCUCUCUCUCUCUCCGUUAGCCGGAGACUAGUCGUCGGGACAAACUCUAGUCGACGUAGAUUUCCAGAAACUACUUUAUCAUGUUCAUUUCGAGAUAUUUUGGGAGGGCCUUUUUGGCUGCAGCCAAAUCAGAAACUUCUGCUGCAGCUGCUGCGGCUACUUCUACAGCUAGGACAGGAUACAACCCUCUUGAGGAGUUUUUUGAGGUUGAUAGAAGUGCAGAAGAUGACAAACCAGUGGUUUACGGUCGAAGUUGGAAGGCUUCUGAGCUCCGUCUUAAAUCAUGGGACGAUCUUAACAAGCUCUGGUACAUUCUGUUGAAGGAAAAGAACAUGCUGAUGAGUCAACGCCAGAUGCUUAAUGCACAGAACCUACGGUUUCCUAAUCCAGAGCGUAUCCCAAAGGUAAGGAAGUCCAUGUGCCGAAUCAAGCAUGUACUUACCGAAAGAGCUAUUGAGGAAGCAGAUCCAAGGAGGUCUGCUGAGAUGAAGAGGAUGGUAAAUGCUCUGUGAGGAUAUCAAGUUCCGCUUAUCUUUUGCCAUUGGCACUGAUCAGCAGGGUUUAUUGUUCUAAUUUUCUUCUUGUUGGGCUAUUAAAGUCUUCAACAACGGGGCAUGCAGUUAGACAAGUUAGACAGAUAUUGAUGGACGACUUGUGUUUUUUAUGGAUAAAUUCGUACAUGUUCCUUCUCUCUA